GUGUGUAUGAAUGGGAACGCAUUGCGGGUUUCUCCGAAGUAGUUUCAGUAUUCAUUUAUGCUACUGUUAUCUUCAGUUCGUGGGUGUACUGUAUGUGUAUGCAAGAGCUCUUUGGAGGAUUAUUUCUUUUCACUGUGUACUGUCUACAGAUAAGAAGUGAAAUAUUGAGACUGAUGACUCGUUGGCUUGCCAUGGAAGCUUGAAGUCGCUGUUAUUAGUAAUUGUUACACAAGUAGUUGUUGAACCGUCAGCAAGAAAUGAUUUUCGGAAUACAGUACACAUCAUAAACAGUACAUGAGUAUCAUAUGACAUGAAUGAUGUAUGGUUUUUGCCUCGUGGGGUCUCACCCGAAUAAGCAUCACCAGAAGCCCCUGGACUCGUCGGAGGAUGAGGAAAGAGACGAGGGGCACCAAGACAACAGUUACUACCGGGAGGACGGAGACGAUCGCGACGAGAGGGAUGAGAGAUUCCGAGCUGGAGAGGAGGAAGAAGACGAGCCUCUAGGAUCAGACGAUGAUGAGCAAGAGGACCCUAAAGACUAUUGCAAGGGUGGCUACCACUUAGUGAAGAUUGGUGACCUUUUCAACAAUCGGUAUCAUGUUGUUCGUAAGCUGGGCUGGGGACACUUCUCUACAGUGUGGCUUGCCUGGGAUCUCAAGGGUCGUAAAUAUGUAGCAUUGAAGGUGGUUAAAAGUGCGCAGCACUACACAGAAACAGCCAUCGAUGAAAUCAAACUACUGAAAGCUGUGCGUGAGAGUGACACAGCAGAUCCAAAUAGAGAGCGUGUGGUUCAGCUCCUUGAUGACUUCAAGGUGUCAGGGGUCAAUGGCACUCAUGUGUGCAUGGUGUUUGAGGUGCUUGGUAACAACCUCCUCAAGCCGAUUAUAAAAUCCAAGUACAUGGGGCUCCCCAUCUCACAGGUGCGGAGUAUCAUCAUACAGACUCUGGAAGGUCUAGAUUACCUUCACACCAAAUGCAACAUCAUCCACACUGAUAUUAAACCAGAGAACAUCCUAAUGUGUGUGGAUGAAGAUUACAUCAAGAAACUCGCUCAUGAGGCUAAGGAUUGGGUGCAGGGGAACGCCAAACCUCCAGUGUCAUCAGUGAGCACAGCUCCCAUUGAGAAGAAACCAGAAAAGCUGACCAAAAACAAGAAGAGGAGGUUGAAGCUGAAACAGAAAAAGCAGAUUGCCCUGCUGGAAAAACAAGAGCAACAGCUGAUGGAACUAGAGAAGGAAAGGCAUUCAAGAUUAUCAGUCACACCAGAGAAAGACCAACCAAAUUCCAUGGAAACAGAAGGUCAGCACAUCGGGGGCAGCAGCAGCAGCAGUGGCGGUAGCACCAACGGGAACCAGACGCCGCUCAGCGAGACAGCCACCACACCAGGUAGUGAGUUUGCAACCACCCCGAGCAGCGAGUACGCUACGACACCGGGCAGCGAGGCAGCCCCAGUGAUGGAGGGGACAGAGACGGCCAUGCAGGGUGUACAGGAGGAGCAAGGGAAGAAUGAGAGACUUGGGGAUGUGGACUCCACACACAGCCAAGAAGCAGAAAACACAGAACCAACAACCAAUGGCAACACACAAGAGACCAAAAUCCUGAUCAAGGACUCAGAGGACUCUCCGUCCCCAACGACAGAAACUCAAGAGGAGUGCGUCCAGAGAUUAAAACAGCAGCCCCUGCCAGAGGUGGACCCCAUGGGAGACGGACCCUGGCUGCGUCCCCCUCCAGAGAACUCCAAUGAACUGUGUAAUGGGUACGUCAAUCAGGGUGGGGACUUGUGCGGAGAGGAGAAAGUGAACAGCGACGGAGAGGUCCAGGAGGAGAAGAGCGUGAGCUUACAGAAUGGGAGUACGGAACAUGGGAAGAUGAAUGGAGAAGACGCUGAAGACAAAGCAGAUGAUCUCGUGAAGGACAGAAGUCCAGAGAAGUCAGCACAGGAGGAGAACAAACUCGUGGAGGAUUCUACGGGGAAAGAGAAAGAGGUGGAGCUGACCAGCCUGGAGGAGGAGAAGAUGAGGCAGAGUGUAGUACAGAAGGAGACGGUGGAUGGAGAAGUGGAGGCGGAGGUGGAGCAAGGUGGAGGAGGAGCGGAGAGAGAAGGAGCGGAGGGAGAAGGAUGUGAGGGGGACUCAACAGGGUUAACACAAGGGGUUAAUCUGGAGGGGGCUAAUGAGGUCAACAAUGAAACAAAAGGUGCUCAAGAUAUAUUAGGUAUUAACGGUGGUGAACUAAGAGUGAAGCUUGCUGAUUUGGGAAAUGCUUGUUGGACGAACCAUCACUUUACUGAGGACAUUCAAACGAGGCAAUAUCGAGCUCUAGAAGUAAUCAUCGGAGCUAGUUAUGAUACGCCUAGUGAUAUAUGGAGCACUGCUUGCAUGGCAUUUGAGUUGGCAUGUGGUGACUACCUGUUUGAACCACAUUCUGGUGAAACCUACAGCAGGGAUGAGGAUCACAUAGCCCAUGUCAGUGAGCUCCUGGGAACUAUACCCAAACACAUAGCCCUAGGUGGGAAGUUCUCCAGGGAAUUCUUCAACAGGAAAGGCGAGCUUCGUCACAUCACCAAACUGAAGCCAUGGGGUCUCUUCUAUGUCCUGACUGAGAAGUACGACUGGUCUCACCAAGAGGCCCAAGACUUUGCGUCCUUCUUGGAGCCCAUGCUAGAGUUUGAUCCCAGUAAGCGGGCCACGGCUGCCAUGUGCCUCAAACAUCCGUGGUUGAAGCAGUCGUGACGACGGGUCACGACGACGUGCAACCAUGCGCGUAGCGAAAUCGCAACUUGGGCCGGUGUGUGUACAGAAUGAGACGAAAGGUCUUAAUGUUCUUCCUUCUUAAAACUUGCAAACAGGGCCCCAUUCCAUGGAGCUGGAAAAUCACUAAAGAGAAGCUAAGCACAACAAAAUUAUGCUUACCAAAAUAAGGUUACCAGCCAAAAUACCAUGUCGCAUGUAUUGUCUGCGACUGGUAUUCGGCUCCUUUAAUACUUAGCAGAAAUUUUGAAGCAAUAUUUUCUGCUGAAGCAGCUUUAUGAAAUGGGGAUAAUUUCAUAAAGCUGUAGAAAAUAAUGUUUAGCAAUUUUUUAUUUUUGCUUAGCAGAAAGUAGCAGGGAGUCAUUCUCAAAUCCCAUUGGUUUUUUGACUGGUACAUGUAACACAUUUCUGCAAUCUUCGGUGCUUGGCAGCUUUAUGGAAUUUGGCCCUCAUUUAUUUAACUAAAAAAAAAGUACUAUAGGAUGAUUGUAAAUGGCUGGUUACAUACAUUGUUUAAAUUUUAAAUCAUUGACCAAUUCUAUGCUUACCAGAGGAGUAGCCCAAAUUUGUGUCUAUAAGUUUGUUUUAGGCGCAAAUAGAGCUAUAUUUUGCAGGGAAAAUACACUUUUGAAUGACAUUUUCUCAACGUGUCAUGAGAAUUUUAUUGCUUUUAAACCGGUAAUAUAUUUAUAAUUACGAACCGUGAUGUUGUGAUUACAGUAAAUUAUGUUUAUGAUAUGGAGUCCACGGCAUAAAAGGCCGACCAUAAUUUUCGUGGGGGCAACCCUGGGGGAUAGAGUAGAGUGAAAAGGGCUUAAAUCCCUUCAACUAUGAGUCUUAUACAUGUACACACAUAUUCAGAUUAGGCAGCAGGCACUAUUUUGCUGUAGCCAGAAUUGACAGCUGUGGCUGUUGCUAUGGGCCUCCUAUGCUUUUUGCAAUGUACAUGUGACAGCCAAGCCGUAGACAGUACAUGUAUUUUGAACAUGGCCUAAGCCCCUAACCCUUCGCUAAGGGACCAGUUCAUAGAUGUACUAAAGAACGAAGGUUAGCUAAGCACAAAUCAAGGUGCUUACCAUAAAAAUGGUUGCAAUAAAAAAAACCACCAUGUCAUAAUGUACUGUUUGCAACCGCUUUAUCUGCUUAUUUUUGGUUGCGGGUACAAGCAUGUGUAAGUCUCUUUUAGUAGGAGUGUUGGCUCUUAAAACAGCUGGUGUGGUCUUGACGCUUCGAACAAGGUACUCUGCUCAUCUUUAGGUAAAAUGUUUAAUCACUAUUGAAAUUGCAUGGGCCCAGUUGUCCACCUGAACACUAUGAAUGUAUUCAUUACAAAGUUUCAUAGUUUUUUAUUUACCAAGUGCUGGAAUAAUGAUGUCAGACUUAAAUUGCAUAAGUAACUUUAUUUAUAUUAAGUGUUAAAGGCAGUGGACACUAUUGGUUAUUACUCAAAAUAAUUAUUAGCAUAAAACCUUACUUAGUAAUGAGU